AUGCAUUCUAAUCUUGGAGCUCUUAUUCUUUAUCUCCUUUCGGGAUCUGCUUUAGCAUCCGCAAUCCCCACACAAACACAAACCCACGAUGUUACCCUUGUAGCUCGUGCUACGGCGAUAGAAACAGCUGCACCAGAGGGAUGGUUCACCACUACAAAAAACAUCGCUACCAUCGGCGGUGUAACAGAUAAAUACGUUACCAUCCCCGCCAAAACAAUCUCAAUUGUCGUACCAACAUGCGUUCAAACCCUCGAACCCGAUGAAAACGGAUAUCUUCCCCCAGGAACAUGUAAUGCCCACUGGAACUACUAUCCCAGCUUCGCAGCUGCUUUAGCAUUCGCUUUACUCUUCGCAACACUUACGGGCGUGCACAUUUGGCAGGCUGCUCGGUAUAAAAAGACAUGGUGUUGGGUUAUUAUCAUGGCGGGGAUCUGGGAAACCACGGCGUUCACCUUCCGAGCGAUAAGCACCAAACAUCAACAGAGCACAGGUGUACUCUUGACGUUUAACAUAUUUAUUCUUCUCGCGCCAAUUUGGGUUAAUGCGUACGCAUACAUGACUCUCGGCCGAAUGGUCUACUACUUCGUACCAUCUCACUCCCUCCUUCGCAUGCCUGCUGCUACUCUAGCUGCUAUUUUCGUCGCCCUCGAUAUCCUGUCAUUUAUCGUCCAGCUUAUAGGCGGGAGUAUGUCUGGACCCGGUUCACCACCUGACGAGCAGAUGAAAGCCGUGCAUAUCUACAUGGGCGGUAUUGGUCUUCAAGAGUUCUUCAUCGUCAUCUUCGUUGUCCUCUGCAUCCUCUUCCAAAAGAAGAUGCACACAAUUGAGCCUCAACACAAGGGUCUCAAAGCCUUCUUCACGUCCGACUGGGGCAUGCUUCUCGGCACAUUAUACUUCUCACUAGCCAUGAUCUCUGUACGCAUUAUCUACCGACUCAUUGAGUUCUCUGGUGGAAUGGGUCAAGACAACGCGCUUGUUACACAUGAGGUGUACUUUUACAUCCUUGAAGCAGCGCCUAUGUUUUUGGCGCUGUUGGCGUUCAAUGUUGUUCACCCAGGACGGAUCAUGACGGGUCCUAACUCGGAUAUGCCUGGAUUGUUCUCUUUUAUCAAGAAUAAGAUUCGGGGACGGAAGGGAAAGCAGUUGUUGGAUGACCGGAGUGAUAGUGAUGUUGAGAUGAAUACUCGGUAUGAGCCGACUAGAGAAGUUGGACAUUAUGACACUGAACCUCCGCGUUAUGGAUAA